GCCAAAAAGGAUGUGAUGCGCACCUGCAGACACCAUGACGGACAACAAGGAGGACGAGCGGGAAUGCAAAGCUUUUCCACCCGAAGUCAAACCUAAGCCCACGUCCUGUUUUCAGCUUUUUGAUUCGACUCAACUUCUUAAAAGCCUAGGCGGCAUGGAGGCUGAUGGGAAGAUAACUUUACCUGCUGGUGCCUGCUCUGGCUGCUUAUUAGAGAUGAGAUGCAGCUUUGUGUGCGAUUCUUGAAUCGGUUUGCUCUGGGAGGGGGGCUUGAAUGUGCAAGGAUCCUCUGAGGACAGAAGCAUGAUGCUCAGUCCCGACCAGCCAGAGUCCGAUCCGCCCUGGGGACAGACGAACCCGGACACCCUGGUGGACACUGUCAACGCGGGUGCACGCGGGUCCGUGCCGGACGAACCCGCGAGUGGAGAGGGCAAGGCGCGCUCCGUGCACGUGCCCGCUCUCAGCAGGGAGGAGAAGAGGCGGAGGAGGCGCGCGACGGCUAAAUACCGAUCCGCGCACGCCACCAGGGAGCGGGUCCGCGUGGUGGCCUUCAACGUGGCUUUUGCGGAGCUGAGAAAACUGCUCCCGACGCUCCCACCGGACAAGAAGUUGUCCAAGAUUGAGAUCCUGCGACUGGCCAUUUGUUACAUCUCCUACCUCAACCACGUGCUGGAUGUGUAAGGUGCGAGGAGCAGCAGGAGGAAGGACUGAGGAUGAGGAGGUCUGUCUGUAACCAGCCACCACUGCUGAAUGAUUUCUGGAAGCAGCGACAAAGGAUGCUGACAGGACUGGAGGAAUACCCUAUGGGGUUAUAAUGGAGCGGCCCUGUACACAGACACACUGCUGUGCAUCCCAGCAUUAAUGGGAAUAUCACGUUGCUUUGUCAUCAUGGGGAACUGUUCAAUAUUCUUACUGUCCUCACAAGGAUGGGGAAGAAUGUGGAAAGCCAAACUACUCAAACUUUGCAAUGCCUGACCUUAAAUUAGCUGCCUAUAUCUGUUGUGAAUUUGUUUUCUGUUUGCACCAUUUUGUAAAUAUAUUUAUUUAAAUUACACAAAAAAUAGCCUGCUGGACUUUUGUGUGCUUUUAUGUGGGAUUCAGUUGCAGCUGAAAUUCAUACAUUGUAAAUAAACUGUUAAAAAGAUUUAAAAGCCUGUUUAAAGCUAUUUUGAUCUCUGUUAUUUAUUGCUGAAACCAAGGUUUUUUGUAAAGGCAAAAUCUUAUUUGUAGGCCUUAUUAGGUUCAUCUUGAAAUAUGUCUUUGAAAGCAUUUUGCAGGUAUUUAUGAUAAUACCUUCCGUUUUUUAUUAGUAAAGCUAUUAAGGGAAGCUGCCAUACAAGCUGUUCCUCUGCCCCAUAUAGGUAUGGUUUUUGCUGGGGUUUCUCUCCCUCUGGAUGUGGCAGGUGUUUCUCCAGACGAACCAUAACAACCAUAUUAUUGGUUAUCCGUCUGCCUCCUCUCUGGGGAUACACACACAAAUGCACAUACAUACAAAUGAGACAGUGAUGUUAAAGUAUGCAAGACACAACCAAAAAUCCCUUGUGGUACUAAUUCUAAUUUUAUGUAGCAGUGAUGAACUUAUACUGUAGGUGAAAGUGGGCCAAAUACACACAUUUUAGAGUAUUUUCGAACAGUGUGUAUGUUGUGUUACAUUAAGUGUGCAUGAUUGUCUUACUGUCAGCAGCCCAAAGUUGAAGUCCCAAUGUUUCGUAACAAUAGUACAACUUUUAAUUUUAAACGACAAGAAAGAAAGACGUAGUAGUAAGUUUUGGGCCAGUGUUUGUGGAUUAAUGUCAGCGUGAUUUGGAUAUUUGGAUAAAUAAUCUUUAACUUUAAUCUAAAAUAGUAAAACCGUCCCACCACCACAUUUAUUUAUUUUUUUUGGAACCUGCCUUCAUAUUUCCUGAUGCUGUUAAAUGUUUGUUUACAUCAUUAAUAUCUGUCAAGCAGCACAAUUGGCCUUUUUUGUCCAUUAAUUUAGUCAAAUGAGAAUAUAAAUACAUUACAAAAAUGAAUAAUUGAACAUUAGUGCUUUUAUAUUUUGGUAUGAUAUCAGGCAGUGGAUAUGAACUCCUGCUUUCAUUCCUCUCUCCAUUAGUCAGACGCUGCCUGCGCUCCUUCUCUCAUCCCUUUAUGCGAGUCUCUGCGGUGUAAUGUGGCCCAAGGGGCUCGAAGUAUUGUUCAUGUCCACUCCAGCAGCAAGAGUGACAGCCCUUUGUCUACACAUUACACACACUACACACUUGUUCUACACACUGGAUACAAUAGGUAUGUUGGGAAGUAGAGGGAGAGAGGCCAAGCCUAACAUCAGAUUUUAAGAUAAAUGGGGCAGGGAAAGUUGUAAAGCCCAUACAAAGAUGGUUAUUAAUAUUCUGGAUAGUUUUAGCCAAUGUGGGUCAAACAGUAAAACUAGGGAAGAACUGUAGGCUGUUUGUCUCCAUACAGCCGUGUCACACACUCACAGCAUCUGCAAAUUAGACUUAAAUAUUGUCUUUGCUUAAUUUACUUUCAUGCAUGAUUAGGUUUGGAGUUGUGGUUUGAUGUUAUUCUGGACAUCCCCUCUUUAAAUGUCACGCUUCUGACAUAGUUUACCAGUUUGGUAAAGACUUGUGUUUGGAAGGAGCAACACUGCCCUCCGAUGGAGUUUCAUAGAGGGAAAUCUGACUGUAAAAAGGUCAUAUUCACUUUUUUUUUAUAGCCAUGGCCUCUGUGGAUGUAUAUUUUAGAGGGGACCUUGCACAUUGUUGUUUAAAGAGGCCUUUUCAGAAAUAUAGAUUAGAGACAAUUGUAUGGGUAUGUGUGUUUGUAUCAAUUAUGCCUCUAUGCUCUGCUGAGUUAUUGUAAAGACUUGUAACAGUCUUAAUGUGUGUCCUCUAGGCACAGUCUCUCUGUGGCUUGUUUUUAAUUUACUUUUAUCACCGCCUAAGCCAAGUUAUGGCCGUGGGGGAGGGAGUUAUUCGGGUUCAGAUGAUAUUAAAGGUUAUAAGCUGCAUGUUUUGUGUGUGUCUUGAGCCAUUGAAAACACUGCUUUAUUUCAUUUAGUAGCUGUUCUGGAGCUUUCGAUCACUUGAGAUUCAUCAGCAGAUGGAAGUUGUUAUGAAAUUGUAGAUUUCCAUUUUUAUUCGUGUUGGGUUAAACAUGAAAUGUGAGCUGUUGAAGAUCAAAAGCUCUGGAACAGCUGAAUUUUUUUUUUUAUCUUUUUGUCAAGUGCUGUUUUUGAGGUCAAAAAUAAUCUUUAAAGCUCCACACUCCUAUACUGUGUAUUAGUGAUAUUUAAUUUUUUUUAUCUUGAUGCAGUAAAUAAAAUGAUGUAGCAAACAUCUGUUGAACAUUUAA